UCACAUGGUGGCUGCCACUAGCCAAUGGGAUCCUGCCCAUGCUGGUUCUUAUACCUGCCUCUUUGCUCCAAAACCACACACAUUCCCUGAGAUCUACUCAGGCGGGCACAGAGGGGGAGCAGAGAGAGGAAGAGUUUGCAUCAAGAGCAGGAUUAUGUCUCUCUCUCUCACAUACACAGGAAGCCCUGCUCUACCUUUGCAGGGAAAGAGACCCUUUUCAUAAACGAGCUGAAGGCACCCAUUCACAGCCACGGGGAGCUAUAUAUACCUAGACGGGCAGAGCAACCCUAGAGAUUUUUCCCUCUCCAAAAAAUAAAAGAGAAACGCACACAGCUCCACUCUGCGAAAAUCUGAGGCUUUCCCCUCCUGCUCUCCAAAGAUCUAGACCGCUAUUUUCUUGCAACUAUCACCCCUUUCAAAAAAAAAAAACCAAAAACAAAAAUCACCACCCCUGGCAGAAGCCUGCUGCUUCUGCAAAAAUAAAAUAAAACCCAUCAAAUGAUUUGAUUCUCCAAGUUAAAAAUAUAUCUAUCUCCAGCAACAAAAUUAAAUCGGGGGGCAUUAUUUCGUUAUUAUUUAACUCACCCCCCCUCCUCAAAAAAAACCCACCCCCAGUAUAAAAGAAGAGCUGCUCCGCUCUCUGUCCUAGACUCCUAACCAAACCUCGAGCCUUUGCUCAGGGGAAGACGGUGCCUUUUCUUGCAGCUUUAUGAAUGAAACUGACAGACAGCUCGGAGUCACGUUCCUGCAGUGAAACUAACAAGCUGGUAAAUUUCAUCGGUGCGGGUUGGUUGGGGGGAGGAUUUUAGUACAGUGCGGGGGGGGGGGGGUGGAAAAAAAGAAAGUUCUGAUCUCCCGAUUGUCUUGUCUUGUGUGUGAGUGUGUGUUGGUUGAAGCGGCAGGGUCGGUGUGUUUUGAAGGCAACAGUACAAACGUAGUCUACCCUGGGAAGCUGGUCGAUUCUCCCCGGUGAAAAGUGUACGGCCCUUCUCCUUUUCCUUUUUUUAAAUCCCCUCUUGUCUGGGUGGAAGUAAACAGACCGUCCGCAUGUUCAUUUCCUAAGUGAGCCUAAAGCAACAGCAGCGGCAGCAAGCGGGAGAGAGAAAAGCAGCAACUUUGACUUUACUGGGCUGGGGUGAUUUGAUUCUUGGUUGAGGACAGGGCAAGAAGCGUGUGCGUGUGUGUGUGCAAAUGGAAAAGCGCAGAUUUUGGAAAAUGUCAUGGAGUAAGUGAAAAGAGUUUUUACUGCAACAUUCUAAAAUAAACUAUUUAAGAGGGGGGGAAAAGAGCAGCUCUUCAGCCCAUACCCAAUUGGCUUUUUGAAACUGCAGAUCCUUUGAGACAGACAGUGAGAGAGAGAGAGGCAAAAAAAAACCCCGUAUUUGUAACGAAAACACAUUGCAUCCAGGGAAGGUUGACAGAAUAAACCUCUUGUGGAGCUGAGCUGCCCUGAAAUAUACAAGCAAAAAUACCCAGCAGCACUCCUGUUUGCCUAAACGUAAUUGCUAAGUGAAAAUAUUUCCAACUUUAAAAAAAAAAAAUUGUGACUUUCUGAUUUGUUUGCUUGCUUAAAAAAAGCUUUUUUUUUCAAACCCCCCCCCCCACCUAAAAGAUAAAAUUACUAGAUCUAAAAAUAAAGCAGUGGUUAAAAGCUCCCCCCACCCCUUCCCACUUCUCUCUCUCUCUUGCUGUGUGUUUGCCUUUGACAAAGAAAUUAUUUGAACUUCCCUCUGCCUCAUAAAAAGGAAGCAGAAUAGCAGUUUUGACAUAUGGAUGUGAUUUUUCUGCUCUGAGACAGAUGCACACACAAAACAAACAGCACCAGGAACUGCUGCUCUGACUGAACUGGGUGUUGGUGCUCCCUUCACAUGGACUUUUUCCCUACAUUUCUGAAACUGCAGAGAUUUCCAGCCAUGAGAAAGCGAAGCAAAGGACUGGGGUUUCUUGUCAUGUGCCUCUCUGGCUAAAACUGUGGAAACAAACAAGCAAAUAAAAAAAAAACCUGGGAAGUCAAGAAAAAGAAAAGAAAAAAAAUCAUCUACGACUGGAUCACUGGAAGAUCCUUCGUCCUUCUUACUUCCCUUAGAGAUCGUGGAUGCUGCAAUAAGUCUCUUGGAUAUGGGAUCAUAUUUGGUUUAUCACAGCCUGGGUUUGAUCCUCUGCUGCUCGGUGUUGAGUUCUGUCUAUGCUCUGGUGGAUGCUGACGAUGUCAUCACCAAAGAGGAGCAGAUCUUCCUGCUGGUAAAAGCCAAGUCCAAGUGCGAGCGCCACCUGAAAGUCAAGGUGCACGAUGGUUUCUGUCUGCCCGAGUGGGACGGCAUUGUCUGCUGGCCCGAAGGCAUGCCGGGCAAAGUGGUGGCCAUGCCGUGUCCUGAGUACAUCUAUGACUUCAAUCACAAAGGCCACGCCUAUCGGCGGUGUGACGUGAAUGGGAGCUGGGAGCUGGUGCCAGGCAACAACCGCACCUGGGCGAAUUACAGUGAAUGCGCCAAGUUCCUCACCAAUGAAACCAGGGAGACGGAGGUCUUUUAUCGCCUCUAUUUGAUUUAUACUGUUGGAUACUCCAUCUCUCUGGGAUCCCUGACAGUUGCUGUCCUUAUCCUGGGAUACUUCAGGCGUUUACACUGCACAAGGAACUACAUCCACAUGCACCUGUUUGUCUCCUUCAUGCUGAGAGCAGUCAGCAUCUUUGUGAAGGACGCAGUCCUGUACUCCGGGUCAGCUCUGGAGGAGGUGGAGCAUCUGUCUGAAGAAGAUCUCAUGUCCAUCACCGAGGCCCCCCCGGCGGAUAAGUCGCAGUUUAUGGGCUGUAAGGUAGUCGUCACCUUCUUCCUCUACUUCCUGGCGACCAAUUACUACUGGAUCCUGGUGGAAGGGCUCUAUCUCCACAGCCUCAUCUUCAUGGCCUUUUUCUCUGAGAAGAAGUAUCUUUGGGGCUUCACGCUGUUUGGCUGGGGACUCCCUGCUGUAAUUGUCACAGUGUGGGCCAGUGUGAGGGCCAAUCUAGCGGACACAGAGUGUUGGGACUUGAGUGCCAGCAAUUUACAAUGGAUUUUUCAGGUGCCCCUCCUGGUAGCUAUUGUGGUAAAUUUUAUUCUUUUUAUCAAUAUUAUCCGAGUCCUAGCAACCAAGCUACGGGAGACAAACGCAGGGAGGUGUGAUACGAGACAACAGUACAGGAAGCUGCUGAAAUCUACCCUUGUCCUUAUGCCUCUGUUUGGAGUUCACUAUAUAGUUUUCAUGGCUUUGCCAUAUACAGAGGUGUCAGGGAUUCUUUGGCAAGUUCAAAUGCACUAUGAAAUGCUGUUCAACUCUUUCCAGGGAUUCUUGGUUGCCAUCAUAUACUGUUUUUGCAAUGGAGAGGUUCAAGCCGAAAUAAAGAAGUCAUGGAGCAGGUGGACUUUAGCCCUUGACUUUAAAAGGAAAGCACGAAGUGGGAGCACGACAUAUAGUUAUGGACCCAUGGUCUCCCAUACCAGCAUAACUAAUGUAACCACCAGAGGGGCACUUGCCCUACAUCUCAAUACGAGACUUGUUCCUGGUGCCCUCAACGGACACCGAAAUUUGCCAGGCUAUGUCAAAAAUGGCUCAAUUUCCGAAAACUCCAUGCCUUCUUCUGGGCCAGAGCAGUACAACAAAGAAGAGGAGUACCUGAAUGGCUCUGGACUUUAUGAUGGAGACAGACCCACGGUACUUGUUGAAGAAGAAAGAGAGACAGUGAUGUAAAGGAAGAAGAAGAAGAAGAAGAAGAAGACGACAUCUCCCAGAGAGCAUUUAGAGGGCAAAAGAAUGCCAGGCCACAAAUCAGAUGCCAAGGGUUUUCAUACAGUUUCUCUGUUCUGUGGAACAAGAGGUCAAGUUAUAUGGGAAAAGUGGACCACAGAUGUGGCCAGCUGUUGAUCACACACAUUUACGUAGUGGUCUAGUCUCCAAGGUGUGAAUGAAGGCACUCUUCUCCAGACCCGCGGUCCUUGUGACCUGUUGAACAACGGGGAUAUUCAGAGUUUACAAGGGGAUGUACAAAUGGUACUCUGUAGUUUCGCCUCUCGGAGAGUGUCCACAGCACAAAGAUCCAGGGAAUUCAACCAAGUGAAAUGAGACGGUCUGGUGAGGAAUGUGACAUGCCAUUUUCUUUCAGUGGUUCAAGCUGCCCCGGGGUGUUGCCAUCACUGCUUGGUUGGGUUUGGUUUUCUCAUUCAUUUUGAAGAAAUCUAGCCACCCUCCAAUCACCCACACCAGACUGGCCGUGUCCCACUGGCCAUGUCUGACAGUUCAAGAACACAGCAUGGACAGCUCUGUUGUUUGAUGGUUUUGCCCCUUCGUUAUAAAACCCAACCCCCCUGGGGUUAUUGUGUGCAAGUUCCCUCCCGGAGCGGUCUUAUUUCUGAUUCCUUGAUGAUGCAGCAUGCUUUUGUGGUAAAUGACUCACAGCUACUGGAUGCGAGUGCAUAACGGGCUUCCCGUGCUCCUACCCAGAGCCCAAGUAACAAGAGAGAAGCCAGUACAAUCCUAGGAUUAAAAUGCAAGUAUCAGAAUGUAAUGUAUUAGCUUGUCCAAUCUUAGAAAAAAGCCCAUUCUGUCGGCUUCUAAGUGGGUAGAGAUGGAAAGAAAAGUUUGUGGCUGCCUUGGUGUGUGUGCGUGCAUGCGUAAAGCCAACUCAAACCUUUUCUUUCUUUCUUUUCUUUUUGGAAUUUCAGGAAAAUUGACUUUUUUAAAAAAAUCUUUAAAUUAUUUUUUGUUCUCACCUCUGCAUUUCCUACUUCCUGUUGGGUCUGGACAGGCCAACCUAUCCUGAGAGGGACUGUUGUAGCAGUAUUCCCAUCUCAGCCAGGAGCAGGAAGGAGCUGGAGUUGGACAAGACCGCCUGUUCUCAUGAGAUGCGCAGGCCAGUUUUGCAGAGCUAAGGCAUUUGGAUACUUUGGAAUUCCAGACUUCUGGAUGCAUUGCCGAACUUGCCAGAGUUUUUGUGGUUUGACCAUCUAGAACACACACACAUACGGUGGGCCAGAUCCUCAGCUGGUGGAAAUGGUUGUACGGUUGUAGCUCCUCUGAGGUCGUUGAAACUACCUAUUGAGACCGAGGGUCCGGACAUCACAGUGAUUGGCCAAAAAGGGAAAACUGUAAAAUAGAGUCUGCAUGAAUGGCAGAAAGAGGGAUCAGGGAAAUAUUUUCACAAUCUACCGUUUCCCUUGCUGGUGGAUUCUGUUGAUGUCCUGCUGUCACCAUGGAAGUAGGUGGUGGUCAUGUUCCACCACACGUGGUACUUUUAUCUGACUUACCUGCCAAGCAGAAGUCAAGUGGUAAAAUCCAGGGGCUAGACCUUUGGCUGCUGAAAAUUGGCAUAGCUUCCUUCAAGCCAUUUCACACCAGCUGAGCUUAUUGCCUUGUGUCUCUGUAGAUGCCAUGAUUUAGAGCCAUGAGGUGAUAAUGACAGCUGCCAUUCCAGUGUGUGCAUCCUCAGAGUCUCUCAGGGGGAAAUAUGGCUGAGGCAGGCUAAAUUCCUUCUUGGGCUCCCAGUGCCCCCAGGUGAGCUGUGGUUUCUCAAGCCUUGAUCCAGCCCAUAAUAGUACAUUUUGGAAGUGCUUCCAGUACGUGAAUCCUGUUGGCCCCAUAUAGGAAUCAUCUGGCUGCAGUCAAAACAUAGUCAGAAAGAGGUGUCAUGGCUGGGUGCAAUGAUCCUAUGGGGACCCAAGGGUGCACCUAUCGGAUAAUCAACUCUCUGUCCCGCUCUUUCAGAGCUGAGCUGGUGAAGCCCGCUGACUGGUGGCUCAGAGACGUAUCCAUGCCAUCAGAGAUGGACUAAUGAAUCCGCUGCUCCUCUCAGGGCUUAAGACCUUCAUUCCCAAAGCUCCUGUCUUGAUGGAGUCUGUUGGGGGCCCUGAGAAGAGCAGCUGGUACCUUGACUCGACCUCAAGUGUCCUGCACCUGCCUUUGUACCACCUCUCAGGUUAAGACAUGAUCCAAAGCCCAACCAAGCCCAUGGAAAGACUCCCAUUGCCUUUGCUGGGCUUCAGAUCGGAACCUGGGAUGUGGACUGUGGUGACCAAGAGGGCGCCCCCCGUAGGGCUCUGAAGGAACUGUACUCCCCAUUUCAGGUAUAAAUGUUGGAAGGUGACAAUAUUUAUUUUUGAUGUUUGUUUUUGUUUUGUGUGGUUAGAAUAAGUCCAAAUAUUCUUAGCAAUUUACCACCAAAUGGCAGCUAUUGAAAUGUCAGGUCUCCAAAGGGUGAAUCGGUUUGGUUGUGGGGUUUGUUUUUUUUUAUAAUACUAUGCAGAAAUUAAGUAAUCUUGCGAGGAAAAACGGAUGGACUGAGUGAAAGUCUGGCAUUGAGAGCAAGCCAGCAUUGCAUAAAUCUGGGUCAGUCUGAAGCGCUCACUGCUUGCAUCUUAGCCAUAUAUGCUGGCAUAUCCUCUGGAGGAAGCGGAAGUUAUUGCCAGUCAGCUGUCAGCAUGUGUACACUUGAGUUAUUUAGCAUCCCAUUGAGUCGAGCUGCCAACGUGUAAUCCCAAUUCAAGAGAGAGAUGCAUUAAGUAUGCUGGCUCUGGCUUGCCAACCCUUGCAUGGACCCUUUCAAUCUGCCCCCCUCCAAUCCCCAAUGGACAUGUGUUGUGCUUAAAACCUACCAAGUGGACGCUUGACCCUUGUGACUGUAUCACUCAAAGAAAGAAAUUACUUAGCAACGUUUCCUUACUGGUGAUUCAUGAUUUACUCGUGUUUGCUGAAGACAGCUCGAGAUUAAUAACGUGUUUGGAAAUCAUUUCGCAAAGUUCAAGUAAUUAACGAAAGCUAUGAAAUUAAUUUAUUUGUAAAGACAACGUGUAUAAUAAAUAAACGUAAAAUUGUCACUGGAUUUAAUGACCAGAACCUGCUGUCAGUUGCUAAACAUGACCAAAAAUUACAUGGAGAUGGGGAGGGAAAUCUAUUCUUAAUCAUUUCCAACACAAAUUGUAUGUAAUGAUAGGUAAUUUUUUUCCUUUGAGUGUUCAUAUGCAUGAACAGAAUUGCAUGUAAGAAUUAAGAACAUAAAAAAUGGAAUUUCUCUGGUUUUAAAGCAAAUCAUACUGUAUUGUUGUUGAAUCCUAUUCAAAUCCUACCUGUGCUGAAAGCAAGAGUUGCAGAGAACUGAGGGUGGAGUCUUUAGGGCCUGAUACAAUGAUGAAUGAAGUCAGUGGGAGGUGUGCUUUGGAUGGAGCCUAUAGUAUCUUGCAAAGGGGAAGAGGGGAAGGAGCCUCCAAAAUUAAGCAUUGUGAUUCACUUUGGAGAUAUCAUGGUUGGAUUAUUGGCCAAAUUAAUCUGCAGUGAGGGUCUGAAUUUGAGUCCAUACAAACUGGGUUGAUAAUCGGGUGAAAAGGCUUGUUCUUCUCUGGCGUUUCUGGUGACCACCACUAGCACUGCAACAAUAUUCUUCCUUGUGCCAUCACCAUCUCUAGUUCGGGUCAAAUAGUGGAUGCAAGGGGGGAAAUACUUAAGGGCUUCAGAACCACGAAAAGAAAAAUAAGCUUUUUCUAGAGUUCAAUUCUAGGACGGUUCCAAGGGGGGGACAGUUGUCCUCCUUUUUAUCUGAGCCAGCUUGCACUCGUCCCUGAUGUCUGUUCUGUGAUGUCUUAUUUGUCGGCUUAACCGUGUUGAAAAAUGAUCUGCAGCAUUGAGCCCCUUCAGGGUUCUCUUCAAUCUCAUGUCCAAAAGCUUUGCUCUUGUUUCCACUUGGCUCCCUACUCCCUUCCCUCCCAUCAACAGCCAUGCAAUCUGAGCUCUUCACGGUUUAAUCUACCUCCUCUCUGAAAUACACAGAGAUGUUGCUCUUCCCCUUCCUCGUGAUUCUUGAAAGGCAGAAGGUGUGUUCUAUGUGGGUAAUCUCCUAUCGUCUCUGCUCUGCGUGCGUGUGUUUGUAGACCCCCUAUAAACUUGUUUCAUCUUUGUUCCUGAGAGAUGGUGUCUUUUUUCCCUAUUCCUCCACUUUGUCUCAUCUCGUCUUCCUGGAGUUCUUACUUUUUUAGAGCCAGAUCUUGUAGUCCUUACACAGUCCAUUCUUAGGGCAGUUUUUGAUAGCGUUGAUGGAAAUCAGAAUUUCAAAAUCAGAAUUUCAAAAAUUCCAUUCUUGGGGCAGUUUUUGAUAGCGUUGAUGGAAAUCAGAAUUUCAAAAUCAGAAUUUCAAAAAUUCCAUUCUUGGGGCAGUUUUUGAUAGCGUUGAUGGAAAUCAGAAUUUCAAAACAGUUUUCAAUUUAAAAAAGUAUCGGGGGAAAAAAUGUGAUGAAAUGUUUGUAAAAAUGCAUUCUCUUGUUUUUUGCCGAGAGAUGACUGAAAUCAUUUAAAAUUUGGAAAUUUCAAAAAUUAAGGGGAAAAAAUGUCUUUGUGGGUUCUUUUAACCAGCUGUAACUUCUGAUACCUUUACUCAGUGACACCAAGAAUGAGUCCGUGGCUUCAACCAAUACUACUCAACGAGAGUAAAUGGGUCGUUCUGGCCCUUCCUCAGCCAAAACUCCUGUUCCGAACAAUGGAAGUUUCUCCUGAGAAAGCCAUGUGUGAAAAAAGAACAAGCACUGUAUGAGUCAGCCCGUAGAGCGUAUGUUGGAGUAAUACGUGAAGCUGCCCUGUGCCCAGCUCUGCCCCCUACUGGCUGGAGUGUUCAUGAGUUUCACAUCUGGUUGUGCCUGUAGCUCGUUGAGCAGAAGCCCGUGCUUUGGAACGAAAGCGUGUGAGCUGAAUGCCCGGUGCUACAGUUUAGCUCAUGACCUCGGUGUUUCAUGUGUGUUGCAGUCAUGGAGUCUGGAGGUUCUUGCACAGUUCAGUGCACUUAACUCUGGGCUGCCUCUUUUUGUCCAUCUGGAUAAAUCAAGGUUUUUCCCUCCAUCAAGUUGCUGUCUCUAGUGCAUUAUGUGAAGACCAUGUUUCCAUUCACCUGGCAUCUCUUUCAGGGUGGGCUGAUGAUGCCCGAUGAACUGAAAGUAGAUGCCAGGAAGCAUUAGGAAGGAGAGUAUAUAAAUUAUUUGGAGCCUGAUUCUCCAUUGUCCUGUACUUUGUGUCGUCUUUGAUGCCAGUGCUCAGUUAGGGUAAAUGAGAAUAAGGCGUCAGAAGUACAUAACUCUGACAACUGAGGGGGAUGUCCUCCUCAGGCAAGGGAAUAAAGCCAAAAGGGGUUAAGCAAAAUUAAAAUGAUUAAUUAUAAUCUUCACUGAACUGCCGAUUCUCUAAGCAAACACAGAGCCAAAUCCAUCUCUUCCCCAUCUCCUCUUCUGAGUCUUGGCCUGUCUGAGCUCUGAUGGAAGCAAAUGACAAUCGGAGCAGUCUCUUCCAAUUUAAACCACUCUGCGGGGAGCCAGAAGGCUUCAGUGUCUAUCUCUUGGAUAUCUAAUCCUCUGUAAGUGGGGGUAACAUGCUGCCAUCUGCAACUUGUAAUUGCCUGGCAGGUGGGUAAAACAUUUUGUAGGAUGUUGGCUUAGGUCUUCACCAUGCCAGCUCUAUCUAACUACACCCUCUGGGUGAGAGAUUGUAUUGCGCCCAGUGGUGUGUCUUGGAGACUAGACAUUCCUAGAUGAGACCUGUGCUGGAACCGUAUUGCCAUUUGACUUUUUAAUUUUGCUGUUAUUUCUGAGGGGUUGCCAUGUUGUAGCGAGUGAGUGAAGGACCCACACAAAAUCCGCAUCAAGCUACUGAGCUUGUAAAGCUUUUACUACAUCUCUCCACACCGAGUGGGGUUUGUAGCCUAUUCUUCUAGGGUGUCUUGAAAUGAGAAAUGUAGUAAAUUGCCAAGGAGCUGAGUCUGCAAAAGACCCUCUAAAUAAUGUCCUGUAGGAAUGGCCAUGGCCUUUUGGUUUGCCUGGAAAACAUGAUGGUUCAUAAACUGCAUGAAUAAAAGGAAAGAACACGUCUAUCCCUAUUCAGUGAUCUGGACUGUGUGGCAGCUUUUAUAUUGUUGUGAAAUUAAAAGGUUGGCCCUAUUGGACAGCAAAUAUGGUUGGCCUGAAAGAACAUCCUGUUUCCAAAACAGCAAAUUCUGCCAUCUUUAUAAAAGUUCACUGGCCUAUCACCAUGCCAUGAAACCCAUCUUCUGACCUCCCUCAACAUCAAAACUAGAGCUUUGGCUAGUGGGCGGAGCUGUUAGUUGAGGCUGCAGCAGAAAAGGAAAUCAUGGCUGAGUUGCUAUAAACCCAUGUGACAGAACAAGAGAGACUAAAACGUAGCUCAUCUGCACCAAUUCAUAAAAUCCUGGUGAAAGACACACAAGCCUGGCUUUGACGUGGGCUUCAUUGACAAGAGAGAAGUAGCUUAGGGUUGCCUUCUUAUCUUUUCCCUUAAUGGACGUUUGUCUAAAACGUCUGAGAGGCAAGUCUGGUCUUUAUGGCCCAUUUGAUCCUUGGUGUCUCCAUUGGAAAUGCCAAAAAGGCCAGUUUGGAUGGAGACACUUGUCCAUUAAAAUUUGACUAGGACCCACCCAACUCCAUUUCACAGGAACAACUUGUGGGCUCAAAGCAGCUCAUAAGAAUUUCUGUCUCAAUUUGAUUAGAAACAACAACCUCAAGACAAAAGUCUGAGUCACAGACAUUGGUAAUGGGUUGCAAUUGACCCCUCACCCCCAAAUGAAUUAACUUUACAACUAUCUAUUAAAAGCCAAUGAUAUCAAAGGGGUCUCCCGAUCAGGUGGCCUUGUUUAGAAAAUACUGCUAAAUACCUUCACUAACUAACUAAAUCCCUUCUCUGGAUGGAUGGAUGGAUGGAUGGAUGGAGGUUCAUCUGGCUGAGAAUUUUAGAGGUUAGUUUUUCAUGCAAUAAUAUUUUUUAUCUGGACUCAGAUUCAUGCUUUGGCUAGAAGCCCAUUCUACAGCUUUAAUACAAAGCCAAUUCAGAGUAUCUGAAAGGAGCCAUAAUGGGCUUAAUUCAGCAUGGCAGUAUUCCAGUUUCCCAAUGAUUUCUGUGGCAUUACAUCAGUGAAAAACUGAAGUACCGCAGUGCCAAAUUGGUCUCUUGCUUUUGGAAGGGUGGAUUUAUUAGGCAAAUACUGUUCUCAGGAACAGAUAGUAAUUAAACAUUUAUUUUCACUGAGCCAGGCUGAUAAGUAAUUAUGUAUUUAUUUCACCGGGUUACUUUCAGUGUCAUUAUUAUUCUAAUUUCUGCAUGAUGCCUGGCUGUCCGAUCUUUCUUGAGCAGAAGGGAGUUCUCGACAGUAGAUGGAAUAGAAGUAAUACAUUGAGACAACUGGCCAUUCAUAAUUGGUCGCCAGGGCCAGUUAGAAAAAGGGCCUGUCUCUGAUUUUUCAGCCACUGCUGUACGCCAGGAGUAACUCCACUGAAGUCAUUGAAUUAUACCAUGUAAAAGAGAUCAGAGUCAAGCCUUCUGUUGGAGGCUCAUAGAGAAUUCUGUUUCAUGCUGCUAAUCCAAUGCCUUUAUUCCUACCUAUGAACAUUCUCUGCAAAUAAUUAGGGAUUGGCCUAGCCACUUUAAGAUUUCUACUUACUACAGCUAUAGGUGGGACCCCUUGCUCUGUGAUAACUGGAUCAGCUGAUGUUUGGGGUGGGUUGUUUUUUUUUAAGAAGAAGAAACAGUGCUAGCCUCUGGAGGUUAAGCUCUUGCAUUUGUAUUGGAGCCAAAGCCAGUGCUUCUAAGAACAUAGUGGAACAAAUUUAGCCCCAAUUAACCGUGCAAUCCCGUUUAAUGCGGUCGCAUGAGGUUAGACAUCAGCUUCGAAUCUGGCUCUAGCUUGAGGAAACAUGAGCAAGUGAAAAUGCUGCAGUGAAUAAAGUUUAAACAAGAGUCCACUUCAAUGAAUAGCAUCAGGGACCAGAGAGGAAUAUAAUUCUGGCACCAGUUCUGGAGAACAUACCAACACGACACUUCUGCAAGGGCCUAACUCUACGCACAUGUUUAAAUGCUGUUCUGAAUAGAGAUGGACGUGAGCACAUGAGUGACUUCUGUUCUGAACAGAGGCCUCACUCCAAGAUCAAAUGGCUUCUUUGGCAAUAUCUGUUCUUCUUUCUCUCUCCCUUCCCCCGCAAACGCAGAGAUCACUUUUUUCAACCUUCCUUUCUGUCCUCCAGCACAGAUAAGAAAGAUGUCCUCUGCAGCGGUCUGAGCACAAAGAGAGAAAUCCAGGAAUUAGGGGUUCUUGUUCUCCUAUUUAACCCCCCUCUGAGCUCUGGUGACUGCUUACCCCUCCACCUCUCUGGGACUGCGUGACGGUCAAUAAUUUAAGGCCAGAUUCUCAACUGGUAGCUCUCAGCAUAGUUCCAUUGAAGUCAAUUUCAAAUGAACUCCUGGCCCCACUGAAUUCAAUGGCGAGGCUCCCAUUGACUUCAGUGAGGCGGGAUGUCACGCUUUUGUUUUUGAAGAGGUAAAAGGCUCAGUAUCAUUAUUCCAAUGAACAAUCUCCCCUAACCUCCCCUGCUUUGGAAAAAUAAUUAACACAAGCUUUGAAGUAGCCCAGAAAGCAGAGCGGGAGGGCAAGUGUUGACUAUAGUACAGCCUCGUUUGUCUGAAAUGGGGUUUCAGAGACAGAACUUCGGAGAGGUCAGAUCUCUAGUUGCGGCAAUCAGGGGCAAUUAGUAGACAGGUGAUUCUGGAUAAGGGGGGCCAUCCGGAUGGGAGAGUGUUUGGGAAGAAAGUGGGUUGAAUACAUGGUUUUGUUCCUGUCCAUUGGUUUCCUGUAGAAGUGGGCCCACCUCCUCUGAAACGAAGACAGUGACCAUCCGUACCAAACGAGCAAUGUUUCAGGUCACGGGGUGUGUGGAAUGGGGAGCUAGGGGGGUGUGGUAAGAUACAUGUCAUUCGGUGGCUUAGUUCCCCCAGUGAGGGUCCUAAUAAAGGGAAAGAAUAGCACCAUAGGCCAAAUCUGCAACUGGUAUAAAUCAGCCUGGCCCCACUGACUUGGGGCUUGCCAGUUUAUGCCAGUUGAGGAUUUGGGUCCAUAUACAUGUGCACACACAAGAAGCUACAGCAGGAAUGCAGAUGCCAUGGCAGAUUGCCCUAGCCCCAGUCUACAGAAGCACCAGGCCACUUGCUUGUCUUUCUGGUGAGCUAAGCGAAACGGACGGGAGGUUAUUUACCUGCUGCUAAAACCCAUUGGUACUUCUCAGCAACUCCAUGCUAAGCCAACAGUGGAGGGUGGCCAUCGGCGACCUGAUAUGGGCACUAGAGAGGAUCCUGACUCCCAUAAGCCUGCAAUGUCCUCCUCUCCAAAUGCUGGCUCCUUUUUCUGAUUGGAGCAGGAGGGAAAGGGGCGGACAUUGACCAAGGAGCUCUUGCAUUGUGUGUUGUUUUUUAGAUCACAUUUCACAUAAAAGGGGCAGGGGAAAUAUAAAGGACAAAACUGUGAUUUAUUUCUAUGUACUAUUGAGACACUGCAUUGUGAUGUCUUCAAUAAUGCAUAUGGUUUACAUUCCUCCACCUUUACUUUUCUGUAUGGACCAAAAUAAUGACAGGAAAAUGAAAAAAACCACAGGUGUAUGUAAAAAAAAAAGGGAAUUAAAAUAAAAAGAAAUCUUUAUUGAUUUUGUGAA